AAGCUUGAAUGGGCCUGCGCACUGCGCGGAAUAAUUUUACACUGCUUAUCAGCAGGAACUACUUUUAGUCUGUGGCGGGCGCGGCCAUUUUGUAGACACCGAUAUUAUUUUAAUUUCUAAUCGUUUUCAAUCGUCAAAUUGAAGAAGCCAUCUGCCUAAACAAAAAUGGCAGACAGAGAGGAUAGUGUUUAUCAAGCUAAGCUUGCCGAACAAGCUGAACGAUAUGACGGUAAGUAUUAAAUCUAUUUUGUUCUUGGUGACCCCCGCUGUUUCACCCAUAGCCGGAUUUUCUUCCAACGGCAAGAGUAUGUUUUGAUUCAUUGGUUCUAGAUAAUUAACGCUGCACUGUGAAGUGUUCCAAAAAUGCACGUUGGUGCAUAUAGAAUUAUUCUUCCUCUAUUUAUUCACCCUUACAAUAAGUUAAUUGUUUUAAAAUGCCCCCUAAGUUUGCUUUCAAUCACUUGAUCAUCCCUGCAUUCCUUUCAUUACCAAGGCAGGCGCCAUUUUGUUUGUCUGUGACUCAUGCAAGCUUGGACUUGGCUUAUUUUGUCUGUAUAAUAAAGAAACAAUUCACCUUUUGUUACACUAUUACUAAUCCAUGAUGUCUAAGGCUUCUUACAUUGUCUAAUCUCAGUUGCCGUGCUUAGCGCAUAUUAAACACAUCUAAUUUCAGCUUUAGGAAUGUUAUCAGUCACUUCCUUUUUUGUUAGUCCAUACUGACCAUCAUAACUGUUAUCAGUUGUAUCUUUUCCAUUUCUACGCCCUACAUUGCCCCAUGGUGUAUUUUAAUACUUCCAUGAGAUCACAUAUAAAAAAUAACAAUUCUCAUAACUUGAAUGAUAGGCCUACAAAAAUAUAAAAUCAAAAUAAAUUGAUUCAAGGGUUAGCCAAGCAAGCUACAUUUUAAUUUUUAAAAAAUCCCCUAGCCUUGUCACUGAACUAUGAAUAAACCUUGAAUUUCUAACCCAUAGCACAUUCCAUCAUUAGCACUGGUUAACAGUAUUACAGUAUAAAUGGGUUUUGACCAGGGUGACAAUCACUUUCAGGAAUUCCUACUCUCAACUUUGGGUGACUAGGCCAAUAGUUGGACCUAAACGAUGAGCAUAAUUUGAGUAUAACUUUCCUAAGGAUCAUUAUCGAUAUAAAUUAAAGUUUAUAUGAAAUGCUCGAUUGGUUUUUCUAAAAAUUAAACUUAUAAGUCAAUGAUGAAAAGAAACUAAAUAGAAAGUCAACUUUGCUUGUUAAAUUGAAAUGACUACGAAGUGACAAAGAUAUGUGUAGUUACAAUUAAAAUAAAAUAACUUUUAUUGUUGUUAGCCUUAACACCUUUCUACACCUGGUGGUGAAUGGCAUCGGUAAUGUGUUUGUUGGCAGGAGACUAUUUUUAAUUAUAUUAUAUUUUCACUACGAGGAGAAAGUGGAUGGUGGAUUUGGAAAGCUACAAGUAGGCAUGGGAGGGGAAGGGGUGUCUAAAUGUUUUUAAAGGCUGUUGAGCAUUUCACAUACCUUGGAUCCAAUAUUUCCAGUUCUCUCUCCAUUGAGGAAGAGGUAAACAUCAAGAUCCCAAAAGCAGCAGCAGCUAUGUCUAAACUGAAUAAGUGGGUGUGGAAUAAUCUCAUUCUAACUGAUAAAACAAAACUGACAUGUGCUUAGUAUGCUGCUAUAUGGCAGUGAAGUUUGGACCCACAUAUACCAGUCAUGAGCGGAAACUCAACCACUUCAAUCAAAGAUGUCUGUGUCAUAUUUUUCGCAUUCGUUGGCAGGAAAAGGUGCCUAACACAGAGGUCUCUGAACAUGCAAAAAUGUGCUCCGCUCUUAUCAAGAGGCGCCUAUGCUGGUUAGGCCAUGUAAGGAGAAUGGAGGAAGGCCAAAGAAGCUGCUGUAUGGAGAGUUGGCAGGACAAGACUUAUGGGACAGCCAUGCCUGAGAUUUAUGAACGUUUGCAAACGGAGCAGCCAACAUUGAAAUCAAUGAAUUGGAGAUCAUUGCUGAACAACGAUCUAGCUGGCAAACAGCAGUGUAUGAAGGAGUAAAAAAGGCAGAAGAUAUGCGAAACAAAGCCCUUGCAACAUAAGCAGAAUAUGGAAGGCCAAAUCUAACUAGGGGUCAAUAUUCUAUUUGCAGUUGAGAUAGCCAUUCCAGGAAUGGCCUAGUGAGCCAUCUGUUGAAGUGAACAAUAGCUACACCAUCGUCUUGCAAAGACGGAAGGAUGCCAUAUACAGACCUGUUUACCCUCAAACUCUGAAAAUCGUACAAUAUCAUAUUAAAAGCGUUCAAUACAUUAUCUUAAUAGUAAAAAAAUAAACAUACAGUAUAUAUAAUUUAUAUACCUCAAAAUCGUACAAUGUACGCCAAAAUCGUGAGAGUAACAGGUCUGCAUACAUUCAUUCUGGUAACAAAUUCAGUCAAUAUUCACUUUUGUUUGCUUUAGUAUUGUUUAUGACGUAAGUUUGUGACUUAUUUAUUUCAUUCUUGGGCUGAACUGAGGUGAUUGCAAAAAUUGAGAAAUGCUUUCUCAAGAUCUAGUAAGCUGCAUUUGAAAUCUAUUUUUUAGAAGUCACUAGGCAGCUCUACUAUUUAAAUACACAAGCACUCCUUUCCCUCUUUCCAAUACAGCUUGCAGUAUUGUUUAGUCUAUUAUAUGUUAACGGAAAAUAAAAUCUGGUUCAUGCAGGGGUGGGCAACCUGCACUUGAAUUAUUGUGACCCACUGGAUGUCUUGCUAAUGAACUUUUUUUUUUCAUUCAAUUGGGGAUUAUUUUCAUUUUUGGCUUCUUUCAUGCAAAUUUGAAAUUUAUAUAUACUUAAUUUUUUCUGAUGGUAUGGGCCAUUUUAGUGUACCAGCCCUAAAAACUGAUUAAAAAUGGAUUUAAGUAAGUCAUACAUUAUCAAGCAAUUAUUUUGUAAAAAAAUCUGGGAAGAGGGCUCAGCUUCCUCCCGAACCCCACCCCCACUUUUGCUUGGUGUGACACUGGCUUCUGGAAGAUUUUUGUAUUGUUUUUGCACUGGCACUCAGAUUUUAAGAUUAUCCAGAAAGCACUCCUUGAAAGGCUGAUGGGCCUGUUUGUUGCAGGAUUUUUUCAGGGCAUGGUAUUGACUCAAUAUAAUUAUUUUUUGUCUCCAAUGCCUUCACACCAGAUACAAUCUUGGAAUCUCCUUGCAAUCAGAGAUUCAAUUUCAUGUUUCCAAAAUCGUUGAAAAGCCUAUUUCCUAAUCCAUCUGCUAUGGGUAAAUAACAGUUUAGGGCCUUUCUUUUCAUUCAAUAAAUUAUCUCAGGUUAAAAAAAAAAAUGUUAAUAGCUUCCCAAAAGUAGUGUUGUUGGGAACAUCUGGUUAUUCCGAUUUCAUUUCUGUUAAGCUAGUUGUGAAACUGACAUUGAUUGAGACCGUUAACCUUUGAAACCAUAAACCCCCAUAACACUCAUAAAUUCAGAUAUUUCCAUGCAAUGCAGGUUGAUGAAAAAUACAAUGUAGACCAUAAACCAUAUGCUAGGAACAUCAACUGUUUUCCCAAAAAGCUUAGUUUGUAAAAUGUCUUCAACUGUUUCAGGAGACAUGAUUUACUUAACUCAAUGUUCCCCUUGCUGGGCUUAUUAUAAUUGAUAAUCCCUAUAUGUUAUAUUUAAUUUGGAUAAAAAAUCAAAUUUUAUUAUUUAUUUUAACUGAAAACAAUUUCCAUUGGAAAAAUGUUAAAUUUAAGACAAGCUGAAUCUUCUAAAAUUUUAUUGGGUAGAAUACGGCAUAAUAGUUUUCACAUAUGUUGAUCUGUUAAUACAGAAUUAUAAAUGUAUAACCCCAUAGUUUGCCAACUCUGUUUUAAAUCAUUAACAUUAUCAUUUAGUUAGUCAGAACACCUAUUGUUGUCACAUCUGUUAAAUAUAUAAUUUAAAAAGUUCAAACCAUCUUUUAAAAUAUAUUCAUGGGCCCGCUCUGACAGUAACCUUUCAGUAGUGAACAUAACUGAAGACAUAGAAGAUCAAUGGCAACAUAUUAGAGGUAGGGGUGUGCCGGACCCCGGUCCGGAAUCCGGUUCCGCCGGAUUUUGCACUAUCCGGUGAAAUCCGGUUCCGCCGGAUUUACAUGUAUCCGGAACAACCGGAUUCCGGAAUCCGGAAUAUACCGGAUUUCGGAAUUUGCCAGAUUUUGUGACUCACCGGAUCAUAAUCUGAAAUAAAAGUAAUUCUCUUUCCCGAAUUUCACACGAUCACGAUACAUUAAUCGAUUGUUUCGAGCGUUGAGCUUGUUUAAUGUUUAAUAUUCCGUACAUACCAGAGGCUAGAGUCAGCACCGCUAAUAGUGGCCAAUAGUGUAGGGACUUUGAUAAGAAAAUUUAAACUUUUUGUAAAAAUAAACCAAUGGCAUAGUUGAAAAGAUGUAAUUUUUUAAAGAAUUAUAACACCAAAAUCAUAUUUUUAGCUGUUGUAGUUUUAAAGUUAUGAAUUUUUAAAGUACGACUUGGUUUGUCAUUUUUUAACAUGGACUGCAUCUCCACAUUCUGUGAUCUCAUUCCACCAAUCCCGUCAUGCGCAAUGACUAUAUAGUUUAUAUAAGGCAACGCAUUCCCUGCCUUAUCACUAAAAUACUGUUUAGACUUAGUUUAAACUUUCAACUUUGGCACAUGAAUAAUUAAUUAAAGCUUUCCCUGACCAAUGGUUUAAUAGUUUUUGCACACGGCAAACUCUUAUGAAUGAAACUCUGAGGUAGUACUACGAUACAGUUAUGCAAGUGGCUGUGAAUGGUUGCCAAUGACAACGUGUUGCACACGGUAAAUUCUGAUCAUUUAUAAUAUGGAUUCUACCGGGUUGUUAAAGCUCAAAUUAAAACAUUCCAGUUUAAAUGUCUUUAAAUGCAUUCUGAAACACAAGUUAUCAAUUAUUUUGAUGUAAAUAGUGAUAAUAAAUUAAUAUUUCCUAAGUAUCGUCAACUUCCGCCAUUAAAAAGGGGGGCGUGGCCAACCCCAUGGCGAAAUUAGGUUGAGCGAGCUGCAUAACCUGCUGCGAACGCGUAGAAACAUGGCGUCUCUCGUAAGACACUUAUCCAAAUGGAACGGAACUCAAAUAUAUAUCGAAAGUACUAAUUUAAUAAUAAAUAGACACACACAUCGGAAAAUUAAAAACUCGGAUUUUUUGGCGCCGAUUGCGAAUUCCCAUACACAAAAAGUAGUAGUCCACCUUGACUUACCGAAGUAUCUACCAAUAGUACCAAAAUCCGGAAUCCGGGAGAAACCGGAAUCCGGAUCCGGCGGAUUUCGCAUAAGAAAAUCCGGAUCCGGUUGGAAAAAACGGAUCCGGCACACCCCUAAUUAGAGGGAUUUGGUUGAACACAUGCGAAGCAGUUUUAGGGAAGAAAGAAAAUCAACAUAACAUUAGGAGUGGUUCCCAAAAGAAACAAUGUACAAAAUUAAAUAGAGGAAAAGAAAGAAGAUAAUUAUUUAGAGCCGAACAAGAGCAACAAAAGUGACUGCUUUUGAUAACUACGCAAAUGCAAAUAAAGAGGUUAAAAACAUUAGGAAAAAAUAAAAGGAUUUAUUGAUGACAUGCUAAGGAGGCUGAAGAGGCUGCAUCAAAAGGUAACCUUAGGGACCUGUACAAUGCUAAAAAGAGGCUUACAGGAAAGUUUCAUCAGCAAAGCAGGCCAAUCAAAGACAUAUUGGCGAACAAACUAACCAACAAAGAUGAACAAGAGAAAAGAAGGCUAGAAUAUUUCAAAUAACUACUGAGCAGGCCAGCCCCACAAGAACCACCUAAAAUUCUACCUGCAGAAGAUCUACUCAUUGACUGCAAUGUGCCCAACAGAACAGAAAUUACAAAUGGGAUCAAACUAUUGAAAAUGGAAAGCCAGAAGGAGAUCUCCAAGAGUGUGGAAACUAUAGAGGAACUGCACUGCUUUCUGUACCAGAAAAAAUACUGGAUAGAAUUAUUCUGCGGAUAAAAGCAAUAGACUCCAAACUAAGAGAACAGGUUAGGAUUUAGAGAAAACAGAUCAUGCACUGACCAAUUUGCAACCCUGCGCAUAAUCAUGGAACAGUGUUAGGAGUGGAAUGCUUCAUUUGUACCUAAAUUUUGUCAACUUCGAAAAAGCAUUUGAAAGCUUAAACAGAGAUUCACUCUGGAAACUACUAAAGCUAAAUUAAGAACACAUACAAGGAUAUAAGUUGUAGGGUUAUACCUCAAGGUGAACUCACAAACCCAUUUAUGAUAAAAUUUGGAGUUCGACAGGGAUGCCUGCUCUCACCUUUCCUCUUUCUGUUAUCCAUUGACUGGAUCAUGAGAGAAACAGGAUAGGAGAAAUGGAAUCCAGUGGACGCCUUUCAGAUGGAGGAUUUGGAUUUUGCAGAUGACAUUGCACUUUUAUCACAUAUCCACAAACAAUGCAGGAGAAAAUAACAAAACUUGACUCUUUAUCGCAGCAAGUGGGCUUAGCAUAAAUAUGGGGAAAACCAAGACCUUAAGAAUAAAUGCAGUGGAUGAUGGGGUCAUUAGGAUUAACUUGGGAGGAGCUUCUCUUGAAGUUGAAACCUUUACAUAAUAGGAAGCAUCAUAAAUAAAAAUGGUGCGGAAAGAUGAAAUUAAGUCUAAGGUCAAAAAAGUCUGAGGAGCAUUCAAUGCCCUGCGAAACAUCUGAAGUGAAAUACUGACAAAAAACAAAGUUAAAAAUAUUCAACUCAAAUGUCAAGACUGAAACUUAGAUAACAAAAAACAAACAUUAAAUUAAAAAAACUGCUGGUUAUUAUAAACGGAGGCUUUUGAAGGAUCCUGAAAAUAUGGUUUGACAAAAUUUGUAACACUGUCCUUUGGGAGAGAACAUCAAGUGUUAAAGGGGAAAUGGAGCUGAAAAUGGCCCUGAACUGGAAUCUUCAAGGUACCAGCAAAAGACGAAGACCAAGAGCCACAUGGAAGAUGGGAGUGGAGACGGGUGAAGAGAAUGAAGAAAAAGCUGGGCUGAACUAGCAAAGAUAGCCAAGGACAGGGACAGAUGGAAAAGUAUUGUGGAUGACCUAUGCAGACCUGUUUACUCUUAUGAUUUUGGCAUACUAUGUAUGAUUUUGAGGUGUAUACAUGUUUAUUUUUUUAGUAUUAAGAUAGUGUAUUGAACGAUUUUGUGAUGAUAUUGUACGAUUUUAAGAGUUUAAGGGUAAACAGGUCUGCCUCUGCGCCAUUGGGAGUGAGUACUGCUAAGGAGAAGUGUACUCACUAUAUUUGACAAUUUUAUAUACAGACAUGCAGACUGGCCUUCAGUGUUAAGUGUGUGAAACCAAUAUAUAUUUGUCAUGCGGGGUAUGUACUUUUAAUACACAGACCAAUGAUAAGUCAGGAUCUCUAGUUGCAUAACAAGCCAGAAUGUCUUAUUGUAUUCUAGCUUUAUCUGAGAUAUUUUGAGGGCACCUUCUUUCCAUUUCUAAAUUUGAUUGUAGGAAACAGGUGAUUAAAACCAAUAGUUGGAGAGGUCAUUAUCUGAUAAUACAAAAUUUGUUGUAAAAUAUACAGUUUGUGGAGGACAAAUUAUGUUCUUUGCUCUGAUUUUUUUCUGUGAAACUUAAAUUUUUUUUUUAGUCAGAUCAUAUUGGGACCUAUGAUAUUGUUCUCCCCGAUGCAAAAAGGGUGAAACGUCCUAAAACAUAACACUCAAACAAUUCUUUUAUAAAUAUGUCCGGUGAUGUUAUAUUUAUCUUUUUCUGGGAGUGCCCACCAAGACCUCUGCUUUUCCCCUCAAAACUCAUGCUUUUUAGGUGCCUCUCAUCUGAUACUAAUAAUAAACUUAGAUAACUGUAGGCUUAUAAAAUGGAGAUUGACAGUUCCCUUUUAUACAGGCAGAGCAAUAAUGAUCAUCCAUUCUGAUCUGAUUCUUUUUGAAGAAAAAUGUAUUAAUCAGUCACAGUAAAUUAUCAGGAAUCUGGGGGGGGGGGGGGGUUUGUUUGUAUUUAUUUUUUUUUGGCUGAUUAAUUUUAAAAUUGUCAUAUUUGUAAUAUUUGCAUUCAUGGUACUAUUUAUAUGUAGUCUCAUAGCAGAUUAGCUCAGACUGUAAUCAUUUGAUGGGAGUAUUUCAAAUUUCAAUAGGUGUCUGUAUUUUGAUUUGUACUAUUGUAAAAUCAGCAGUUAAUAAUUGUCAUAUGUUCAAGAUUAACUUGAACUUUGGUCACGAUUGGUAUAUUAAUAUUAUGUGACCCAUGAAAUAUUAAAUGAUGAUCAAAAUGUUGGCCACCCCUGGAUUAAGACAUCAUUUGCACAUAGCACCCUAAAUUUCACUACCCAUCCUAGCAAAUUUUUACAUUGUAUUUGUAUUUGUUUGUAAUCGAAUCUGUUUAUAUAUAACAUUCUUAAAGCCAAUUAUAAGGUUUUUACUGUACAGCUAAAGUUUAAAGGAUAUAUUGAAUUUAUGUAGUCUCAUUUGAUUUCAGGAAUAUUGAAUUUUUUUUUUAAAGUGAGGUAAUUUACUUUGUGUUUUCAGAAAUGGUGAGCUCAAUGAAAAAGGUUGCCCAGCAAGAUACAGAGCUGACUGUUGAAGAGCGUAACUUAUUGUCAGUUGCUUAUAAAAAUGUUAUUGGUGCUAGAAGGGCUUCUUGGAGAAUUGUCAGCAGCUUAGAACAAAAAGAUGAAGGCAAGGUCUCAGAGGAAAAACAAACAAUCACAAGAGAAUAUAGAAAACAGGUAAGUUUUAAUAUUCUCAUUUAAAUUUUAUGUCAUCAUUGCAUCUAUCAUUUUCCCCUUCACUUCAAGUUGUCACAAUACAAAUUUGUGAAUAAAGUUCUUUGCGAUAAUUCAUUCUCAUUUGGACUGAGCCCAGUGCCUUUUCAAAAAUUAAAAAAAAAAAAUCCAAGGUAUCAUUCAGAAAUGCUAAUUUUUGCAGAAAACCCUGUAAUUCUAACUUGUGUAAUCAUGUUGGAUAAAUUCAUUUAUAUUUACUUUUUGAUUAAUAAUAUAAUUCAUACACAUUUUCCCCUUCACUUCAAGUUGUCAAAAUACAAAUUUGUGAAUAAAGUUCUUUGCGAUAAUUCAUUCUCAUUUGGACUGAGCCCAGUGCCUUUUCAAAAAUUAAAAAAAAAAAAAUCCAAGGUAUCAUUCAGAAAUGCUAAUUUUUGCAGAAGACCCUGUAAUUCUAGCUUGUGUCAUCAUGUUGGAUAAAUUCAUUUAUAUUUACCUUUUGAUUAAUAAUAUAAUUCAUACGUACUGAAAGUUCAAUUCAUGGCACAAGUCCGAACUAAUAAAACAAAAAUAUAUAUUUAAAAAUGUGCAUUUAUUACUUUUGAUAAUACCCUGACCUGGCUCAGCCUUAUUAAUAAUUUCUGUCUCCUGAUAUCGUCCCCUUAGAAUAACAAGGUUCUAAGUUGAUUGGAUUAAAUAGGCAUAUAGAACCUUGUUAUUCUAAGGGGGACGAUAUCAAGUACCAUAUGUUAAUUAAACCAAUAAUUUUAUUUUUAUAUACUAAAUAUUGACACUGUCCCUUUUGUGUAAAACUUAAAAAUUACUAAUAGCAUUCCGUCUAUAUCUUACAUUUCUUUCCCGUACCUUGUUUGAUUUAUCCUUUCAUUUGAUGAUUCUUGCUUAAUGUUUUAUUCUUAUGUGGUUGACAAUGUUUUAAUAUUCAACAGAUUGAAUCUGAACUAAACUCAAUUUGCCAUGAUGUUCUAGGCGUUAUUGACAACAAUUUAAUUCCAAAUGCAGCCACUGGUGAAUCAAAGGUCUUUUAUUAUAAAAUGUAAGUACAUGCUUGUCAAGACAAAAAUUGUUUUAAGUUUUGGGGUGUGAAGGAGGUAGCAUUAAAAAAAGAAUGCACUGCAGAGAUUUGAAAAAUAGAAUUUCAUUGUUUCAAGUGGCUAACAAUGUCAUACUGCAUUCUUUUUUUAUAGUUAGUAUUUCACAUACUUUUUAUCCAUGCUAUCUCAUCAGCUAAACAGUAUCUAUUUUAUUCCCUCAAAUUUGCGCUAAUUGACAGUAGAGAGACAUGUUUAUCCAAAAUUAAAAUAAGCAUUUCAUUAUAUAUCACACUGAGAUAUUCAUUUUCAGGAAAGGCGAUUACCAUCGGUACUUAGCUGAAUUCGCUACAGGCAAUGACAGAAAAGAAGCUGCUGAGAACAGUUUAGUUGCCUAUAAAGCUGCCAGCGACAUUUCAAUGACAGAGUUGGCACCAACACAUCCGAUUCGUCUAGGUUUGGCACUCAACUUCUCAGUAUUCUACUAUGAGAUCUUGAAUUCCCCUGACCGUGCGUGUCGAUUGGCCAAAGCAGCAUUUGAUGAUGCUAUAGCUGAGCUUGACACAUUAAGUGAAGAGAGUUACAAGGAUUCAACAUUGAUAAUGCAGUUGCUUCGUGACAACCUCACACUCUGGACAUCAGACAUGCAAGGAGAAAAUGAAGGUUAGAGCAUUUUGGUUGUCUGACUUAGUUAUUGUUUUUCUAUUUAAAUGAUAUUCUGUUUGCUGUAUUGAAUUUUUAUAAUGAAACCGUUGACCGUUUGUGAAUUUUUAAGUUUCUGACACCAUCAAAAGGUGUGUGGGUUUUUUUUCAACCUUUUUUUUUUUCAAAUAACAUUUUAAUUUUUAUAAGUUUUAAAACAUAAUGCAGAAGAUUGAUUUGUCUGUCUUUUUCAGCAGGUGAGCAACAGGAGCAAGCAGUCCAGGAUAUUGAAGGAGAGGAUGCAUCCUAAGGCUGUGUUGAUUUAGUGUACUAAAAAUUUGAACAUAUAAAAUUUGUUUGUCAUUAUCUUACCAAAACUGCUACUAUGUGAAGAUUUUGGCCCACAUUUUUCACGACUUCAAGGUCGUGCUCCCUCGGAAGUUAUUUCUCUGUGACGUAGCAAGCUAACUGUCCUUUUUUUUUUUUUCUUCCCGGAAAGUGAAGCUUAGGUGAAAGAGGAUACAUGAUUGAUGCUGUGACAGUUUUUGGCAGUAGUGUUUUGUUUGAAAAUCUUGUCAUUGGCUUUGGGAGGAUAGUACCUCAUAUUUAUAUGCUGGAACUUUUUUUUAUUAUAAAUUAGGCGAAAAUGAGAUGGCUGUUUGAAAACUUUUUGAAUAACUUUUUAUUUCUAAUUAAAUUUUACAAAAUUAAACAAAAUUGCUUUUUUUAAAAAAAUGUGCAAGCUUCCUUUAGUUUAUCUAUAUAUUGUCAAUUCCAUCUCCAUUUUCAGAUAUUCAUCGAAUUUCAUGUUCAUGGGCAAUGAUGCAUGUACACAUUUUCCCUAUCUUGGUUUCUCAUGUAUGCCUCUGUUCAUUGUCUCUUUGGAUUUCCCUCUCCCUUUCUGGAUGUGAAUGAUUUUGUGCAUGGGUUUCAUUAUUUUGUCUGUUGUAUAAAUAGUUGUAAAAAUGUAAAGUUUGUGGUGUCAAACACCAUUAGAACAAGUUCGUCAUCUUAACCACAAGCUUAUGGUUAUCAUGAGAGGACAUCGAGCUCUUCGUUUUGUAUCCAUUGCCAGUGACAAGUACUAUUGCCUAAUUUGUGUAGUGAACUGAAUUGUAUUACUGAUCAUUUUUAUAAAAAAAAAAUAUUGAAGAUUAUUAUCCCUCCUUGGUCUAUUGAUGUUUGUGCUUCGUAAUGUUUUCGUGUGCAUUUGUUAAAAUAGAAGUCUUUGGUUAUUGGGGGUUAUAAAAGAAAUUAUAAAAUAUUUUAGAAAUUUCCAUGGUCACAAAAUCAUUCUUUAAACAACUUCCGAGAGCAAGGAGGGUUAAUCCUUAAUUGUUGUUAUUGUUUGCGUACGUUUUAUAAUUAAUCAUUUAGGUUCCCACUAAUUUGAUCAUCAAUGCUUAGUAUGUUAGUUUUAUAACUAGAUGUGCUGGAGAAAGACAAAUUCCUUUGAGCAGAAUUGCUUUUUCAAGUCCAACUUCAUAGUUUGGUCAAGGGAAACAGCAACGUACAGAGGACCAAUUAGUGUCUUUCACAUCAAUUACUUUCCUCACCAACCAGCCAAAGCAUUGCAGGAUUUACCAAUACUACUAAAUAUAGGUGUUCUAUCAAUGUUACUUUUAUCUUCUCACAUUUAUAUAUUUAAGUUUCAUUUGAAAUGUGUACUAAGGUAAAUACAUUAAUCUUAAUUUAUAUUGACUUUAUAUAGUUUCAACAUUUUUUAAAUCAGGAAAUGAUUUUUUUUUCAAUUUUGGCUUCUAGUGAUUACACCACUAAAACAGUUUGCACUUGUAUACGGUUCCAAGCAUCCUUUCAAAAGUGUAUUGAACUAUUGUUAAAACAAUCUGCUGUGAUUUUUAUUUCUAAACUUGAACAUACUUGCCUUUGUGUGUAAAGAGUCAUUCAACAUGUCAUCCAAAUUUUAAAUUCUGAUAGUGUUCAUCUCAUUAGCAUAAUGUUGCCAUUUUCCAAAUAAAAAGAAAAAUUUAAAAAUUAAAUCAUGGAAAAGCAAGGAUAAAUAAUUUAAUAAAAAAAAAAAAAAAAAGAGGCAGAACAUUUAAAUAUGGUACUGAAAGUGGCACUUGGCUUGUCUCUAAGUGUUGUGAUCACAAUUUUUUUAAGAUGUAGCCAUUGUCAGUACUCUUGUUUAGUAAACUAGAGAUCAUUUGCUUUAGGAGACUGUAACAAAAUACACCAAUUGUCAUGCUUUUUAAUCUUCAAUUAAAUCUAUAUUCAAGUGCAAACUCCUUAUGCGUCGAGCUUUUGUGUAUUAAUGUAUUUACAUUUAGAUAAAUGGAAUCUGAUGUACCGUACAGGUCCACACACAUUACAGAAACAGUAUAUCUAAUCUUAAUUUUGGACUAUUCAAGAAGGCUGAAAACUGCAAGUCUGCAAGUAAAUGUGUUUAACCUGAAUGUAACUACUAACUAGUAAUAGUAACAUUAAAAUUAA